UUACAGGUAGAUUUCUUCUAAGAGUCAGAAGCCCAACUCCAGUUACUGCUGCAGUCGUACAACAGUGUUUGGAAUGCUUGCAGCCAGAUAAGGAACGAGUUUCUUCUUGGUGUGUGGCUUCAGCACAGCAUGGCUGUGGUCAUCCACUUGCAAGGUCUUCCGAUUGUGGUGGGGACCACGGACUUCUCUGGAUUGACCAUCCCUGAUGGGGGCGUGCAUGUUGUAGGGGGUGCACUGGGGGAAUAAAAUCAGCAGUGUUGAUAUUACAAAAUGACAAAACAUCCUCCGAAUAGAAGAGGGAUCAACUUUGAGGUGGGAGCCCAGUUGGAAGCCCGUGACAGAUUAAAAAACUGGUAUCCAGCUCACAUUGAAGAGAUUGAUUAUGAAGAAGGAAAAGUGCUUAUCCAUUUCAAACGCUGGAACCAUAGAUAUGAUGAAUGGUUUUGUUGGGACAGUCCUUAUUUGCGUCCCUUAGAGAAAAUACAGUUAAGAAAAGAAGGAUUACAGGAGGAAGAAGGUUGUGCAGGAUUUCAUAUAAAUGAUCAGGUGUUGGCAUGCUGGUCUGAUUGUCGCUUCUAUCCAGCCAAAGUUACUUCUGUUAACAAGGAUGGUACAUACACUGUGAAGUUUUAUGAUGGUGUAGUUCAGACUGUCAAAAACAUUCAUGUCAAAGCUAUUUCCAAAGAUCAGAAUAUUGUGGGUAAUGCUAAGCCGAAGGAAAGAGGUAAUGAAAUUCCAUCAUCUCCUGAAAAGCAGGAGAAAUUUAAAGAACAGAGGAAAGCAACAGGUAAUGCAAAGAAAGACAAGGAUGAAAAGACAUUAAAGACUGAGAAAAGAGUUAAGCAACCUGAUAAAGAAGGAAAAUUGAUAGGCAUUUCAGAAAAAGGCAAGGUCUCGGAAAAGAAUAUAUCUAAGAAUGGAAAAGAAGAUAAGGAGAAUAUAUCAGAGAAUGAUAUGGAAUAUUCAAUAGAUACACAAAUUGAGAAGAAGCCAGAGAAUGACAACAUAAAGAGUCCACAAGAAAACGUGAAAGAAACUAAACGAAAACGUGGAAGACCGCCAGUAACUCCUCCAACGGAGCAAAGUUCUCAGACGCUGCAGCCCAUCACUUUGGAGUUAAGACGUCGGAAAAUACCUAAAGGAGGUGAAAUUCCCUCAAAGCGCCCCAGGAUUGAAAAGAAUUUGUCUCAGGAUAAAUUGAAGAGCUCUUCAGAUAACCCUGAAAAAGACCAGAUCAGGAGACGAUCUUCAAGACUCUCGUCUGGUAUUAGCCAAGAGAUUUUAAAUACAGAUCAUGUCACAACUUCAACAGAAAUUCAGCCUUGGAAAGAUGCAGUAUCUGACCAAAAGGAGCCUGAGAAGGUCCAGUUAGAAAUUCCUGUUGAAUCCGACCAAAGUUUCAGUGAACAAGGAUCUCCUGGAAACACAUCACAUACCACAGCACCCAGCACAGAUGCCAGUUUACAGGAAGAGAAGGUUGAAGACACCGAGUCUUCCUCUGUAACUGUAACUCAAGAACCUUCUGCUGCUCCAGUAACAAAACCUUGUAGGAGAACAGAUUUUCUUGCAUCAAAAAAACCUGCAACUCUUGAUCAAGAUCACAAGUUUAGAUGCAAGUUCUUGGACUGUUCAAAAUCCUUCCGCAAAGCCAAGUUAUUGCAUUAUCACAUGAAAUACUUUCAUGGAGUGGAGAAGGCUGCAGAAUCACAGCAGAACCCUGUAAAAAGAAAUAUUCAAACCAGAGCUUCUUUGGCUUCUGAAAAAGCUAAUCAAGAAAGGUCAAAAAGAGGACGGAGCACGGCUGGUUCACUGUAUGCUCCUCUACACAUAGCCCUAAGGAGUACCCAAUAUAGAGGUGAUAAAGUAGAAAGGAGAAGAGCUUCAGCUCCUGUAAGUGCAUUAAACAGUCACAGACAUUCUCAUAGAGGACAAACCAAGAACCACGCAGUGAGAUCACUGCGGAAGCCUCAGGAAAAGAGGGUUGGAACUGCUGUCAAAGAACAUGAGAAGAGCAAAGAAAGGAAAUCCAAAGACUAUGGAAGGUCCAAGUCAAAGAAAAAGAAAAAAAAGAGGAAGAGAACUAAGCCUGAGUACUCUGGCAGCGAGGAAAACACGGAUGGUUCACAGGAGCUUUCUCCUGAAAAAUCAGGUGUCACCAAAUCUGUUCCUUCCAAUAAAUCAUCUGCCCAUACAAGCACAGUGCUGCACUGCUCUGGGUCCGGGCAGCACAGAGGAAGAUCCAAAAGAAACGAGGAUGACACCCUGAGUGAGUCAUCUCUGGAGAGCUUGCUGUGGAGCGAUGAUGACUGCAGUCAGGACGUUGAUGUCACCACGAAUCCUGAUGAAGAAGUUGAAGAAAGCGAUUCUGAGAUUGUUCGCUGCGUUUGUGAAGUAAAAGAAGAAAAUGACUUCAUGAUUCAGUGUGAAGAGUGUCUGUGCUGGCAGCAUGGAGUCUGUAUGGGUUUACUGGAAGAUAAUAUACCUGAGAAAUACACCUGCUAUAUUUGCCAAGAUCCUCCAGGUCAGAGGUCCAGCUUAAAGUACUGGUAUGAGAAGGAGUGGUUAAGUAAUGGUCACAUGCAUGGCUUAGCGUUUUUGGAAGAAAACUAUUCCCACCAGAAUGCCAAGAAGAUUGUAGCCACUCACCAGCUUCUUGGCGAUGUACAGAGAGUGAUAGAAGUACUGCAUGGACUGCAGCUGAAGAUGAGCAUAUUACAAAAUAAAGAGCAUCCUGACCUGAAGCUUUGGUGCCAUCCAUGGAAGCACAUCACGGUGGAUGAGAAGAUUCAUACAAAACACAUCAUUCACAUUGAGGAAAACUGUUGCAAAGAGGAGACGGCAAGUUACAGAACUUGGAAUGGGACAGUUGAGAAACCCUCAACCAUUCCUUCUGUGGAGGAAUCGUACAUUACAAGUGAACACUGUUACCAGAAGCCUCGGGCCUAUUACCCUGCGAUAGAGCAGAGGUUGGUUGUGGAAACAAGAGGUUCAGCCAUGGAUGAUGGAGUAAAUAGAAUACGGGAAAACGGGGAUGAUGCCCUGUCAGAGAGAUUUGGCUGGAAUCUGGACCGAGAAAUAUGCAAGAUGGAGAAUGAACCCAAACACAAUUACUCUAAGGUAAGAGAGUCUGUCUCUAAGAAAGGCUCUCCAGAGGAAGCAAUUGAAAUGAAAUUGCUGGAAAAAGACAAAGAAGGAGUUGUGAACUCGCAGCUGCAGUGGCAGCUGAACCUUUUAGCUCACGUGGAAUCUCUGCAAGAUGAAGUCAUCCACAGGAUGGAUUUCAUUGAGAAGGAGCUAGAUGUUUUGGAGAGCUGGCUGGAUUACACAGGAGAGCUGGAACCACCAGAACCACUGGCUCGACUCCCUCAGCUCAAACGUUGCAUAAAGCAGCUUAUAACGGACCUAGGCAAAGUGCAACAGAUUGCACUCUGCUGCUCAACAUGAGACUAGAAGAUGUUGGAGACUGUUACUGAGUGCGAAGUUGGAGCAUCUGAUGUGAACAGCUCUGUAUAUUUAAAUGAAACGAGCAUGCUGGUUGCAUGAGAUGCAGAUUGACUUCAGGGAUUUGUGAAGAAGCGCUGUUCAAAGAACAGCUAAAAGGUUAUUUCGGGUGGAUUUGGCCAUUGUAACGAUACAGAAGAGGUCAUGCUGUUGUCUUCAGAGGUUGGGUGUUGGUAAAUUACACUUAAAUUCUCACUCCUUUACAAGUUGCUCAAUUAAACGGUAGACUUUGUCAUCCUUAAAUUGACUAAAAAUUGUGCCACUGAAGAACAGAGUUCUAAGAGCCAAAAAUGUUUAGUUGACAGAGGUUGUAAAUAACUUUGCAUAGUUUAAGUGACUUGUGUCAUGUUUUAUUCCUUCUGGUUUAUGCAUAAUAGCACACAGUAUUUAAUCAUUAGGAAAUGUUAUAACAGUUUUCAGACUUAGUAGGUAUGAAUGUCCAGCUCUUAACUGUCAAGUGUUACGUGGAGGUUUGCAAGUAACAGUGGCCUAACCCCCACUUUCAUUAUGUUAAAUGAUGUAGCAGAAGGUCACAGGUGGAUUGCACUCACUU